GUGCCGCCCGGCCGGGCUGCCUGUCACGACUUCGACAUUUUGCGACUGCGCAUUGGACCCAACACACCACGCCCAAGCCUCACGAGACAUCACCGACUCUGACCGCAGCCCACUCUCCACUCCCGCCUGCGCUCCUCUCAUCUACUCCCCGCCCACCUCGCACCUCCUGGCCCUCCGCAGCACAAACUCCUUCACCACCGAGGCUGCUCGCGAACAGCGCAUACCGAUGAUAGCAACCACCUAGCCCACCUGCUCUCCGUGCCCGAUGCGUGGUCCUUCAGCGUCUCCGAUGUUCCUAUAGGCAGAGAACUAACCAGCGUCCGCCCAGUAUCACUUGCCGAGCAUCCAUCAUGGAGAAGAAACAGGACGAGGUCGAACCGAAAGAGGAAAUCUUCCUCUAUGGCCCCCGCUCAUGCCUCUCGCAGGCUGUCGUUGCAUCAUUUAUAGCCGGAGGUGUGGCUGGCGCCGUCUCCAGGACUGUAGUCUCGCCCCUCGAACGACUGAAGAUUCUCCUCCAGGUGCAGUCUACUGGGCGCACCGAGUAUAAGAUGAGCAUACCAAAGGCGUUGGGCAAGAUUUGGAGAGAGGAGGGUUUCAAGGGAAUGAUGGCAGGAAACGGCACGAACUGCAUAAGAAUCGUGCCAUACAGUGCUGUACAAUUUGGCAGCUACAACUUGUACAAGCCGUUCUUCGAGGAGACUCCAGGCGCCCCGCUCCCCCCGGAACGACGAUUGCUAUGUGGCGCCGUUGCCGGAAUCACGUCGGUGACAUGUACCUACCCACUGGAUAUUGUCCGGACUCGUCUCUCCAUUCAGACAGCGUCGUUCGAGUCACUGAGUAAGGAGGCGGCUGCGAAAGCACAAAAGAGGCAGCCUGGAAUGUUCGCAACUAUGGGGAUAAUGUACCGCACAGAGGGCGGUUUUUGGGCUCUCUAUCGGGGCAUUGUGCCAACAGUGGCUGGCGUGGCCCCAUACGUUGGCCUGAACUUCAUGGUGUACGAGAGCGUACGCCAGUACUUCACACCCGCUGGCGAGCAGAACCCCUCACCUCUGGGGAAACUGAGCGCAGGAGCCAUAUCUGGAGCUGUGGCACAGACCAUUACCUACCCAUUUGACGUACUGAGGCGCCGUUUCCAAGUGAAUUCGAUGUCUGGCAUGGGUUUCCAGUAUACUGGUAUCAUCGACGCCAUCACGAAGAUCGUGAAGCAAGAAGGCGUCAAAGGCAUGUACAAGGGAAUUGUGCCUAACCUCCUCAAAGUCGCACCCAGCAUGGCAAGCAGUUGGCUCAGUUUCGAGCUGGUCAGGGACUAUCUCGUCACACUGCGGCCAGAGGUCGACCCAGACGACAACCCACCGAUCGGAGGAGCAGCGAAGUGAGAGACGAAUCGGACGACACAAUAAUAAAAUCAAGGCGAUGCACAUUCAGCAAACGCCAUAUCGAAAGCCCUCGAUGAACUGAACCAUGGACAUAACGGCGCAAAAAGGGAGGCUUUUCAUUCUGGAACCAAGGAGGUCUGUGAUGCAUAGUAGAGGCAAACGGGAGCGCAGGCGUUUCGGACUUUUCGGCGGGUGUGUGAUGAGUGGCGUGCUUAGCCAGUAUGCGACCCACAUCAUGCCUUAGAGCAUUGGGAAGGAGGGCGGCAAAAGAGAGAAAACCAGAGGAGAGUGCCGACUACUAGAGAGCCCUACUGCAUAGCGCUGCGCG